AUGGACGAUACUAAAUAUGACUCCUAUUACCCGCAUUAUCAGGAGGACAGCGAUAAUGACCAAGCAGACUGAAAAAUUCAAGAGGUGUCAUACAUGAGCUUGUACCAAGACGAUGAUUCUCAGCAGGCUGAUACUGAAGAGUUUAAUGAAUUCGAACACUAUCAAUACAACUAUAAUACCGAAGAGCAGAAAGAGACUCAUCCAAGCACUGAUCAGACUCCUCCUUGGAAUGGAAUCAUGCGAGAACAAAAGAGAUCAAUUGUCCAAAGUUCUAUCGACAAGAAUCUAUACUUCCGAGACGGGGAUGAUGCAUGAACCUCAGGAGUUUCUGCAUCCAGUACUGAUAAUAAAGACAAUAGAGAGGAGAAUAAAGAGUCUGCCAACUUAAGCAAAUCUGAUAGUGAAAACCAGCUGAUCUGGUACGCUGCUUAUGACAGUGAGAUGAGAAAUGAAGUUUUUGAAGAUCUUCUCUAUCAAUGCUCUGAUAAAACCAAUCCAGGUGAUAAAGUAUCAAUCAAGCUUGAAAAUUUUGACAUUGUCUUCUCGCAAAUAUCUAAUCUUCCUGGCAUGGUCUACCUCCAGCAAAGAACUUGAGGAUCAUGAUUUAUUAAGUUGUACCUUAUAAACAAAGGACAGUUACUUGAUAUUGCAAAGACAAAGACCUUUGCAUACACAGAAGAAAACCUAGAUUUCAGUAUGCUAAACACUCUACUUAUCUAUAACAAAGAAUCAGCAGUAAUCGACACAGAUUUACCAUACGGGUAUUUCCUCCGAAUUGGAGAGUACGAAGGAACCUCGAUCUACACACUUACAAACUUCUCUCUUCAGCUUUCCUCAGACAUCAAAAAUGCUUGUGACCCCACAGACUUCUACAUUAAGGAGUUCUUCAAGGCAAUGACUGAGAGUUUUCCCAAUUUCUCAUCUGAUUUCCUGCUCUACUACAUAAACUCUAAGAAAGGGCUGAGAAAUAAGCUCUCGUCCCAACUCAUGAUCGAGCUUCGAGAGUUUGGAACUCUCAAAGAUAGUCACUUUAACAAGCCAAACCCUACGAAUGAGUCAGUCCAGGACAAGGAUGGCAUCCAGAAGUUACUAUGCGAUGAAGAGUUAGAUGAGAGGGAGCAUCCUCAAGUUAGAAGUGACCUUACUAAUAAAUAUACAAGGAAAUGGAUUUAUCCACCCAACUCCCGCGGAAGCAGUAUCCAAGCUUCAAGUAGUGCUAAAGGUUCAGAAUACCAACAUUCUUUAGUUAAGAACAAAAAUGGGGAUCAUGUGAUGAAUCCUACCACUUCAGGGAUAAACACAAGCCUUGGGAAUAUACCAGAGCUCAGUUUUGAAAAGAAAGAAGAAGAUGUAGAUAUUUUUCUUAAAUUUAAUCAACAGAAACCCCUCCAAAACCCAGAAGUAGAAGAUAAUAAAGUCUUUGUAGUUAACAGGAAGCAGCAAACUCCCAUCUCUGAGGAGGAAGCAAACCUCCUUUGCAAUGAAGACUUAGAUCUAAACCUUUUGAGCCAUGACAAUGGCGAUAGAAACCCAAACUUUGCAGGAAUGGUUCAUCCUGAUUUAAUAGGCAUUCCCUCUGACAUCUCUCAGUUUGAUAAAUGUUUAAAAUCUGAUGACAGCUCUCACAUAAAAACAGAUGAGGGAUUUGAAGAGUUCAUGAGAUGGGGAAACAAGUUCAACUCUGAAUCCCAAAAUAAUUCUCCUCCAGCAGAAAUCAAAAACUCGAACGGAAGUUCAUCCUUUACAUUCACAAAGAAAGAUCAAAAUUCUCCAAAUAGGGAAAACUCUCAGACGAAUCAUGAGGAAUCUAAAUUUGAAGAACUUGAAAUCCAAGAAUGAUCACCUGCAGAACUUCCCUCUAUCAAUGUCCCAAAAAGGUUCACUUCUAGUUGAGCUGGAGAAGUUCUUGAAAGACACAUGGACAGGAUCAACAGUGCCCUUGAGGAUACAAAUCCAAGUCGGAACAGUACUUGCCUUCCUGGAUCACAAUCCCAUAAAGCUUCUAUCAUUAAUCCAAAAAUAUCAAGAGGACAGUUCAAGAGUGACCGGAUGCAUAAGCAUCUGAAGAAGCCAUACUCAUAUAAAAGUAACUUCCAAUGAGGAGGAAACAGGAACAAAAGAUCGCGUAAUUCAUCCAAGACUGGUGGAUAUUUUACCCAAGAAGCCAACCCGAAACCUCCAGUCAGUGACAAACUAUCUAGAAACAGUAAGGCUAGUGGUUCAAAGAAGUCUCAAGGCAGCGAUUGAUUCAAAGAAAUUGAACUCUUCACCUUUGCAAAGCAGAGUCCCAAAAUUAUGAAGCAGACUCCUUCAUCUACUUCAAAGAAGAGCUCUGUAAAAACACCUACAGUUUUUAAGAAACCAAACGGAAAGAGCAAGGCUAAAAAUAAAAGCAAUGUCAAUAUCAACUAUAAGCUUUGUAAUACAGGAGGGAAGGCCUCAAUUAAGACCAAGAGCAGCGACAAGAAAUCUUCGGCCAUAAAAAGACAGAUCACUUCACAUGCAUCCAAAAAGCUGAGCUAUCUAGGUAACACUGCUGACUCUGUGCGCAGGAAGAAGACUACUGGCAAAAGUUCUAUGUCGAGCAUUAAAAACAUAAAGCAUUCCUCAGGAUCUUACUUAAAAAAGAGCCUGAUACAAAACAUGGUGUCAAGCAAGUUACAUACUCUCGGUAAUAUGCGAGUUAUGAUCAGUCCAAAGGAACCGAAGGUAAACUCUUACGUGAAGCCUAAGGGUAGAAGACCCCUUACAACUAGUAAAGACUCCAUAAAUUCGAGAAAUAGCAGUAAAGGAAAGUAUAGCUCAAAUUACAUUCCUAAGUUCAGAAAAAGCGCAAAUACCUCAAAAAUAAAGAAGGAUCUGUCCAAAAUUUACAAAGGGCUAGAUAAGGAGAACAUGAGCAGGAACAACCAGAUCUUUAGUCCUAUUCUAUCAAUCAAUGAGUCAGAAUAUAGCAGUAAAGAAACUGUCAAGAAAUCACCUAUUCGUGUAUUAGAUAAGAAAACUGCAGGUAAAAAGACUAACUAUGGUAAAUUUAUCAAAAAGCCUACACCUAACAAGGCAAAUUUGAAGAAUCCUGAUAUCCAGAAAAUAGUCAAGAUGAACCUAGACUUAAUACAUGCCUUCUCUAAAGGAAUUGAGGCCUCUAGGAGUAUAAUAAGCUCCCUCGCCAGCAAUGACGAUACCAAUAAAGAGGAGCUUUCAAUUCAACUCAGAACCAUUGAAAACCUAAGCAAGGAAUUUAAUUCAUCAAGAUACACAAAUGAGAUCAGUGGGAUGCUCAAGAGUAUUGAGAGAAAGAAGUUCGUCAGAUAAUCCCAAUGACACUUAUUAAUCCUCGGCUUAACCCAUUUUAGAAGCACUUGAUCAAUUAUUAUUUAACUCAGCAAUC